GAGCUCAGACGAAAACCGAUAUCCGAAGUGUACGCUUUAGUGCCCGCUGCUGUGUCGGCGUUUUAUACUACCUGGGUAAUACCGCCGCCAGCCGUCGCCGUUGUCGUCGUUCGUCGUCGUCGCCGCUACCGCCAACACCAGCACCAGCACCAUCACCAUCGCCACCACCCGACCGCGCGCCCGCCCGCGCUUUUCGUUUGAGUUUGAGUUCGAGUUAACGAGUACGAUUGUGUCGCGUCGUCCGUCGUGUGUUUGAGAGCGUGCGCACCCGAAGACACUCCGCCGAAGCCGAAAGCUCGCUGGGGGAUCUCUAACCAGAGCGCGCCUGUGUGACCAAAUCCAAGACCAAUUGUUGAUCGUGCCCAGACCCAGACGCAGGCGCACACCACAAAACAAGCGCGCACACACACACACACGCACAGACACACGAAUUAAGAAUAUACAUUUUUUUUUACUGUUUUCGCUUGAUGUGCAUUAUUCUUGGGCCGGAGACUGAAGAGUUAUGUUGGACAAGUGAGCAGCAGGCCAUAAGCAAGAUCAGCAGCAGCAGCAACAACAAGCCGUAAUUGAAACAGCACGGCAAUCGGCCAAUCCAUCAAUCAAAGCAAGAACGAACGGUAAAAGAAGGCAAAUCAAAAAAAACAAGAGCAUCAACGCAGAAGAGACAAGACCAGCUUCACAAUGUUUGACGUAUUCGGCUCCGUUAAGGGGCUGCUGAAGAUCGACCAGGUGUGCAUCGACAACAAUGUAUUCCGGAUGCACUACAAGGCCACCGUGAUCAUCCUGAUCGCCUUCUCACUGCUGGUGACAUCCCGCCAGUAUAUCGGGGAUCCGAUCGACUGCAUCGUCGACGAGAUACCCCUGGGUGUGAUGGACACCUACUGCUGGAUCUAUUCGACAUUCACGGUGCCGGAACGCCUAACCGGUGUGACCGGCAGGGAUGUGGUCCAGCCGGGCGUUGGCUCCCAUGUGGAGGGCAAGGAUGCAGUCAAGUAUCACAAGUACUACCAGUGGGUGUGCUUUGUGCUCUUCUUCCAGGCGAUACUCUUCUACGUGCCGCGGUACCUAUGGAAGUCGUGGGAGGGUGGACGUCUCAAGAUGCUCGUCAUGGACCUGAACAGCCCGAUCGUGAAUGAUGAGUGCAAGAAUGAUCGCAAGAAGAUCCUCGUCGACUACUUCAUUGGCAAUCUGAAUCGGCACAACUUCUACGCCUUUCGCUUCUUCGUCUGCGAGGCCCUCAAUUUUGUGAAUGUGAUUGGUCAGAUCUACUUUGUGGACUUCUUUCUCGAUGGAGAGUUCAGCACGUACGGCAGCGAUGUGCUCAAGUUCACCGAAAUGGAGCCCGAUGAGCGCAUCGAUCCGAUGGCGCGAGUCUUUCCAAAGGUCACCAAAUGUACGUUCCACAAAUACGGUCCCUCCGGCGAUGUGCAGAAAUUCGACGGACUGUGCGUGCUGCCGUUGAACAUUGUCAAUGAGAAGAUCUACGUGUUCCUGUGGUUCUGGUUCAUCAUCCUCAGCAUACUAUCGGGCAUCUCGAUCAUCUACCGCAUCGCCGUCGUUGUCGGCCCCAAGCUCCGUCACCUGCUCCUCCGCGCCCGUUCCCGCCUGGCCGAGAGCGAGGAGGUCGAACUGGUGGCAAACAAGUGCAACAUCGGUGACUGGUUCCUGCUCUAUCAGCUGGGAAAGAACAUCGAUCCACUCAUCUACAAGGAGGUGAUAUCUGAUCUCUCGCGCGAAAUGGUUGACGAUGAGCAUAGUGCUCAUAAGCGACCAUUCGAUGCCUAAAAUCUAAGCGAAGACCAACACGAAUACGAACACGAAGAUGAAGAUGGAAGACUAGGACGAGGACGAGAGCGAGAAUAAGAACGGGGCGCUCAUCCAUUCAAGGAGUGGGCGUGGCAGUGUGCCAGAGUGCCAUUUCACGCCGCCGAAGGUUAAAUGAGGACUCUCCAAAGUCGCUGGAUGUCAAUGUAGAUUGAGGCCUUUUGAGCUAAUGACGAGCUAAUUGAACACAUAUCAACGAAUUCCCUGCUGAAAAUGGGAUAGACGCAAACGGGGUGUUAGCUAGAGAUGCAGUUUGGAGAGACAGCCGAACGUAUACUCCUAUAAAAAGAAAAAUAUGAAUUAAUAAUAAUAGUACACAAAUGAAUGUAACAUAUACUAGCCGAAUCCCAGGGGCUGGGGGUUUGGCUCUGCCCCGAUGGCGCACGACAAUCAGAAUUUACAUACAAGUUCCGAAACCCCCGAAAAUCCCCCUGGGUGAAAUCCAUUAAAAGACAGGAAAAAAAAGACAUUUUUCAACUAUAAUUUAUGGCAUACAAUGUAGGUACGAGUAUGCCGUCAAGGAGCAGCAGCAGCAGCUAACGAAUUAAGUUAUGGGUUAGAGAUAUACUAUAUACAGAUCCAUAUAUAAUAUAUUUUUAAUAAGCAAUUACACAGAUAUUUAUACAUGCGAAGAGACAUACAAUAUAUAUUUACGAAAUGCCACAUGCGAGUAAUAUUUAUGCUAAGAGUUGUGAUCAUUGAUUAAGACAUCUAUCUAAAACAAAAAAAACAAAAAAAAAUUCGGUUAUAUACAUAUGUAUGUAUGUACAUUUAUCCAUGAAAAAAUAACAAUAAUUUACAAAUAGUAAAGUAAAAAACAAACAAAAAACGCCAGCAUAAAGAGAGAACCACCCCCUAUUGUUAACACUAAUAUACAUACAUACAUACAAUACCAUACAUACAUACAUAUAUUAAAUAUUCUAUUUCAAUUUUUACACAUAUAAUUUAGCAAUUUUCGCCAGCAAUUAGUAAUUAGUAAUUUUUUCAUAAUAUUAAUAAUAUUUUGUUUUUUUUUUUUGCAUAUUUUUGGUAGCAUUUAUAUAGUUUAGCGCAAUUUUUUUUACACUCACGAGAAAUCAUCCAUAAACGAAGGGAGGAAAGGAGAAAAAUCUAUAUAUUUAUACAAGAGAAAAAAAUAUAAUAUAUACAUAUAUACAUUAAAAACUAAAUGUAAGUGCAUUGAAAAGACAAGCAACAAAUGAAAGACUCAAAGGCAAUAUUUAAAAAACAGCUAAAAUCGGGAAGCAAUAAAAAAAAAAAAAAUAAAAUAAAUAAAAAUAAAAAUCAAUGUUUGUCAUUUUUAGGCUAAGUUUCAAUUUCAAUUCCAUAUUCUUAUGCCUAAUUAUAAUUUUAUGAAAAUUACUCGAGAACAUGAUGAUUUGUU